AUGGGCCUCAAUCUUGGCAUGAAAUCGAGGACCCGGGUACAAUGCGAACAAACUCGCCUCACUGAAGAGAACUUGCGUCUACAUAGUUGUACUCGUGUCAAGAGUGACAGCGCCUGCGAUUUGAGAGAAGCGCAAAGGUGGGCCUCGGUGCCCGAGCCUUACAACCAGUUCGAUGACGACUACGACGGAUCCGACGACGGUGACAUGGACACGAGCAGAAGUGACAUCGCCUUCAGGAGAGCGGCGUCAUUGGAGGCGCUGAAAGCGUAUGGGGGAUGCUUCGCCUCUGGAUUCUUAGCAAUGCAAGAUCCACUUCCUUGGACGUCGAGACGAAGUGGUCACACCACGAGACCAUUUUACGAAAAUGCCGAAUGUCUCGAUCUGCAAAAACUGGCAUCGGAGAUGGCAUCGAACGAAUCGCAAAGUGCGAAGACUACGUCGAGCCACUCACACAGCAACGCUGGCUGCCCGCGACCGGACUCUGAUACCUUGAGCCAUGCAGACAUUCAAUCACUGAAGAACGAACGAAAAUGGAGCUGGAGGAGUAUCGGAAAGAAGAGGCGAAAUGUCGUCCAGAGAAUUGUGUAA